AUGGCAUCCGGCACAUUCACCCGCCUCACCAGCACGCUCCAGCGCUCGUCCCACUCCCUCUCCGUGGUGGGGGGCAAGGCGUACCUCUUUGGCGGCGAGAUCGACCCCCGCCGCCCGGUCGACAACGACGUCUACGCUCUCGACCUUGCUGGCGGCGGCAUCGAGGCGAUCAAGGGUGCCGCCGGGGCGCCCGAGGCGCGCGUGGGGCAUGUUGCGGGCGUUAUCGGCGGGGUGGUGUACGUCUUUGGCGGGCGCGGCGGGCCGGCCAUGACCCCGCUAGAGGAGAACGGCGCAGUGCACGCCUUCGACCCGAGCACGCGUGCCUGGUCCACCCUCUCCCCCAGCUCCGCGUCGUUCCCCUCCGCGCGGUCGUACCACUGCGCGACGACGAGCAGCUCCAGGCUGAUCGUGCACGGCGGGUGUCCGUCCUCUGGCCCGCGCCUAGCCGACGUGUGGGCGUUCGAGCCGGCCACGCGCGCGUGGACGCGCCUCGCUGACGCGCCGGGGAUCGGGCGCGGCGGGGCCGCGCUCGCGUUUAGCGGGGACACGCUGUACCGCUUUGGCGGGUUCAACGGCACGACCGAGGUCGGGGGCCAGAUUGACGCGCUGCGUCUGGGUGACGCGCAGGCGGGGUGGACGUCGGCCGUGUUUGGCGCGACCGAGGGCCUUGGCCGCGGAGAGCAUGGCCAGGGUGAGCUGGCGGGCAGCGACGCCGGCCCCGGCCCGCGCAGCGUGACUGCGCUGCACGCCGUCGGGGACCGCAUCGCGCUGCUCUUCGGCGAGGGCAAGCCGUCCCCAACUGGCGGGCACGACGCGGCCGGCAACUUCUGGGACGACGUGUGGGUGUACGCCCCGUCUGACGGCGCCUGGGCGCGCGUCGCUGCGCCCGGCGAGUGGCCGGCCCCGCGGGGCUGGUUCGCGAGCGACGCCGUCGCCGACGGCGUCGUCUUCCACGGCGGGCUGGACGCGCGCAACGAGCGCCUCGGCGACGCGUGGGUGCUGCGGCUGCAAUAG